AUGUCUAGCGCAGGGGCAAAGGCUGUCUUUGUUACAUGCCUCAUCGUCAACGCAGUUUUGUGGUCACAGAGUCGAUAUGGCCAAUCCUACGAACAGUCUCUGCCGCAGUCCCUUUGGAAGCGGAAUGGGCCCGGGCCAGCGCUGAUGACGACUGCAGAGAAGAGCUGCUCUCCUCUAUCCUACUCGGACCUUUCGUUACAAUGUGCACAUGUUAUGGAGUCAUGUCCAUCGCCUGAGACAUUUCUGAGCAUUCCGUACUUGUCCUACUACUUCUGCGCUUCCCCACCCUUCCGGCCUCUGAUUUUCGCUGGAUUAGUGCUCUGGCUCCUGUUUCUAUUCAGCACACUCGGAAUAUCUGCAUCUGAUUUCUUCACUCCGAACUUGGCAACAAUUGCGACCUUCCUAGGUCUUGAUGAAAACGUCGCUGGUGUCACCUUUCUCGCAUUCGGAAAUGCCUCCCCGGAUGUGUUCAGCACUUUCUCCGCUAUGCGUGCAGACUCAGGAAGUCUUGCCAUCGGAGAGCUGCUCGGAGCUGCCUCAUUUAUAGUAAGCGUCGUGGCAGGCAGCAUGUGCAUCAUCAAGCCAUUCAAGGUCGAGCGAACCCCAUUUCUGAGGGACGUCGGCUUCUUUACCUUUUCCGUCAUUAUAUUGCUCGUGAUACUCCACGAUGGCCGCAUCAGAGCAGGAGAGUGCGCAUUCUUGGUAGUCAUGUACGUGUGUUAUGCCGCAGUCGUUGUCGUGGGGAGCUGGUGGGAGCGGCGGCGCGAUCGAAGGGAGAAGCUUGAAGCUCUUAUCCGAGCAGAAUAUGGCGAGGAUGAAACUGUAGUGGAGCCCUAUCAUGACGUAGUUACCCCUCCCGCUGACACGCUUACCGUGCCUCUCUCGCCACCAACGCGGCACCGGGCAUCAUCGUGUCCCCAACCUCCACGACUUGCACUCCCAAAUUCACACCCUCGUGCACUGUCAUCCUCUUUCCAUGCACAGUCCCCUGGUGGGGACCAUACUCCCUCACCCCUGAGUUCACCCCACCUCUCGCAGAUGCCGUCCUUCUCGCUGGUCGGGGCGCUCGAGUUCAGACAGGUGGUGGCAAGCCUACAGGCACACGCCACUUCUAGCAGCUUGUCCAUCUUUGACAGCCCCAUCACCCCCUACGCGGGUGGCCACUACCACCGACAUGGCGGGAGCCAUGCAAGCCGCACUCCAUUGAACGAGGAGGACCUCUGGGACUCAACGUUAGGAGGACUGCCUCUUGAUGAGCGGAGUCCCAGGCUACUUGUGAAUGACAUCAUUUCAGAGGGUCAAGAACCAUCAUCGUUAGCGAUCGACGUGCAAGCACCCACCUCUGCUUCAAUGUCACCCUUUCCAUCUAUUUCUCACACUCCUGCAUCACCAACGGACACCGCGUCUACCACGACGACAGAAGUGGAGCCGUAUGUUCCUCCGUCGAAACUCAAGCGUGCAUGGCGGGUCGUGAAAAAGACGUAUUACAUCCUCUUCCCUGCGCUACAUCACUUCAGAGAAAAGAACACACUAGGGAAAAUAGCGAGUCUUCUUGCCGCGCCUGCGGUGAUGGCACUCACGCUGACUCUACCUGUGGUCGUGGUCCCAUAUGACUCUAAUGGAUCCGCAUCGGAGAAAAUGCACAAGCGCCAUCAUAACGCCGGUGAGGAUGGCCGGUUGACGGACUUUGAGGAAGACGGUAUUGAGCGUGCGUUGAUUGCGGAGGAAGUGAUGCAGCCGGAUCUCCACGAAAUCGAGUUUAAUAAAUGGCUGAUGGCUGCACAAUGCGUCCUAGGCCCUUUGUUUUGUUUAGGGGUGUUAUUCCACGAUGCGAAUCACUUCAUGUUCCUCGUGUUAGGAACAAUUGUGGGCGGACUUGCAGUUGCUGUGCUUGUGCUCGUGUUUGCGGAUGGUAGAAGCCACCCUACUGCACGUAUGGCCCGGUGUAGCAUGGGUUUCUUGGUUUCGAUUGCAUGGAUUAUGGCAAUCGCUGAUGAGGCUGUUAAUGUGCUGCAGACAUUUGGUUUCAUCUUUGGACUUUCGGAUGCUAUAAUCGGCCUCACGAUCUUCGCAGUAGGUAACUCCCUCGCGGAUCUCGUAGCAAACAUGAGCGUAGCUGUCUUCGCCCCAAUCAUGGGCUUCUCUGCGUGUUUCGGUGGACCCAUGGUCAACAUUCUUCUCGGUGUCGGCAUCUCCGGCUCCUACGUGAUUUCGCAAGCUGGUGGCGAGCCAUACACACUACACUUUUCAAAUACGCUCAUGAGCAGUACACUCGGACUACUGACAUUGCUCAUCGCAACGCUGGUCGUCGUCCCGCUGAACGGGUACGUACUGAGUCGUAUGUGGGGAUUUUGUUUAGUAGGUGCAUAUUUCGUGGUCAUGGGAGUGAAUUUAUGGGUGGAACUAAGGUGGUAG